GUAGAAUUUUAAUAAUCAUAUUCAAAAAUAAUUCAAAAUAUUUAUUUGUACAGGUUCCCAUAAAAAUUGACAUUGUUGUAUCUUAUGUUGAAAAAAAAGUUGUCAACUAUUUUAUGUUGUGAAAGACUAAGAGCUAAAAACAGGAUACUGGUGUUGAUUAUUCAAAGUAAUAUCAAAUGAUUUCUUAUUUGAUUUUCUACUUCUAAAAUGUGUUAUUUUUUAGCGUGAUAUAAAAUUAUAAAUAAAUGAUGCUAUAUUUUCUGCUUAUAAAAGGCAUGUAUAUGUGUGAAUAUUUUUAAGACGGUGCUUAAAAACUCAUAGGAAUCAAUGGUAAUGUUAUUAUUGUGAAACCAUACAUGUAGCUUGUGCAAAGUGGGCAGCACAUGUAUUUGAUUUAAGGCAAGUGCCCAUGUCACUGUGAGCUUAUCAUUUUCAGAAUGUUUUUGUUGCAAAAACUGUGGACAGUUAUGUAUUUUUCAAUUUUGCAUUGAUACACAUAACAGUUUUAAUUUUCUGCUCAAGUCUGAAAUGAGAUUGUGCAUUUUGAGUGUGUGCUUAAUAGGAAAUUUGAAUUGUAUACAUUUUGAACUGUAAUGGAUUUAUAUAAUUUUAGUUUUAAUAUACAUUUAAGUACAUUUUUAAAGUCAGGUCUGAUGUUAAUAAAGUAUUUCUUAUUAUCAGGAUAUUUAUGAAGCAGGUGCUUGCAAGUUUCCACUAUCUUUCAGUUUUAUUGUUAUAUUCUAUAGAUAUUUGAAUAUUCAUAUCACAUUUCAUAUCUAUUUGAAUGAUGGACUCUCGGGUCAAGAAGAGGAGGACUUUGCCAGAUGCUCGAAAGCAAGAGAUCCGGGAAGCUUUUGACCUGUUUGACAGUGAUCAAGAUACUUUUUUAAGUUACUAUGAAUGCAAGGUUGCCAUGAGAGCUUUAGGGUUUGAUGUCAAGAAGGGGGAAGUGUUGAAAAUAAUCCGCCAAUAUAAGAUAGAUGACAAGGAUAUUGAUAAAAUUUCUUAUAGUGACUUUGAAGAAGUAGUUACAGAUUGGAUGUUGAACAGAGAUCCGAAGGAGGAAAUGCUGAAAGCUUUUCGCUUGUUUGACGAAGAUGAAACAGGAAAAAUUUCUUUCCGUAACUUAAAGAGAGUGGCUCGUGAACUAGGAGAAGACAUUAGUGAGGAGGAGCUUCAUGCUAUGAUUGAUGAGUUUGAUGUGGAUGGAGAUGGAGAAAUAAAUGAAGAGGAGUUCUUGACUAUUAUGUUGGGAGAUGAUAUAUGAAUAGUUCGUUGAAAUCUGCCUUUCAUUUCAAUAAUGAAUGAUUUCAUCAGGCCAAGUUAUAAAGAAAAGUUACUUUUUUUCUGUGACAAUAUUGGAAAGUGUUUUUGUUAAGGUAUGUGUUUUUAUUCUUUUCAUAAAUUAUGAGUAAAUGUGAAUUGUUUUAUUAAGUAUAUAUUGUACACUCACUAGCUCGCAAAACCAGAUAUUUUGUAUUUAUGUUGUGAAACUUUAUUAAUAAAUUAUAUUGAACAAGAAUUUCAUUUAU